AUGUUGGGAUCGGGUCCAUCCGUACUCGGCCCUAACUGGACUGACUUGACUCUGGAAUGUCUCAUCGACAUAUUCUCACGGCUGAGCAGGGAGCAAAGAUCCACCGGACCAUUGCUGUUCUGCAAGACGUGGAUGAACGUGUGCCAUGACUCGUCGUUCAACUUGGUCUUCGAUAUGGAAGAUAAAUUUCCGUCUCUCCCUAGUUCGAGCAGCUGGUUGUGGGGACCAGAAUUCGAGGAUAAUAUUGACUCUCUCCUCCGUUCUGUUGUCGAUCGGAGGAAAGGAACUCUGAGAGGCUGA